CCUUCAUUUGUUUUUAUAUUUCAAUCACUACCCUCUCCAUUUUCCUCCAAAGCUCUCUCUCUCUCUCUCAAAAACAUCAUCAUGUACCAAGCAAUUCCUUACAGAACAUGUAUCCCUACAGUCACACGUGACCUUCCAAUCACCGGAGGAGGAAUCCAUGAAACAAACGUAAUCAAAAUGGUUUCAGAAAACGCGGUUAUUAUCAUUGGUACACGUGGCUGUUGUCUCUGCCAUGUCGUCAAAAGAUUGUUACAAGGUCUCGGAGUCAACCCUCCUGUCUAUGAGGUUGAUCAAGAUCGUGAAACCGCAGUUGCUUCCCAGCUGUCAAACACCGCUGCAGAAACAGUUCAGUUUCCAGCGGUGUUUGUUGGUGGGAAGUUGCUUGGUGGAUUGGAAAGAGUUAUGGCUAGUCAUAUUUCAGGUGAAUUGGUUCCUAUAUUAAAAGAUGCUGGUGCCUUGUGGCUUUGACUAGAUAUGCAUGGUUUUUAUUUUACUACUAAUUUUGGUUGUUUUUGUUAAUUAUAAUUAAGUUUCUUAUUAGGCAUCUAAUGAGCUGGGAAAGAGAUAUUAUCUUUAUGUUUAAGAGACAUAUUUUGUACAUUAUGUUUCAAUUAGUUGAUGAUGAGGAUAAAGUUCGUAUUA